CAUUGACCAUAUUCAAAAUUCAAACCCACUGGAAUUCAGUAAGCUUAAGAAAGAGAGACAAGACAACAGAGGAGUGAGGGAAGAGCGGAAGAACCUGGAGAAAUGGCAACGCUUCAGAGAUUCAAGCUGCUGGCGACGCAGUGCGGCGUGGCUCCCAGCCCUACGCGGAGCCCGAGGACAAGCCCGGUGGUCCACUUCCGUCGCCGCAAGACCACCCUGCGGAUGCUCCUCAGCCGGACCUCCACCCGCCGCUCUCCAAGCCAGGGAGAUCCACCGGCACCACCAGUAAUCCCGUCGAGUCGGUUGCCGGGGAAGCAGAAGGAGAAGAACUUGGGGGAGGCGCAGGGACGUUUCACUCUGAAGGACCUGUUCGUUUCGUCUUCGCCGUUCGAAGAGACAAAAGAAGGGACGACCGUUGGUUUAGUUGGGAGCGGAAGUAUAGUUGGCGGCGGGUUGGAUAAUUGGAAAGCGGGACCGGGGUCGCCAAGGCCGGCCUGGACCGGUUUGCGGUACAGGUCGUUGUUGAGAAAGGCUUGGCGUCCUGUGCUUGAUUCUAUUCCCGAGUCUGAGUAAUAAUAAUUUAUUAAUUUGGGGAAUAUUGCCUACAAAUUAAAUGAAAUGAAAUGAAAUGUGAAAUGAAGGUUGUCUACAUUUCCAAUGGAAUUUCGUCCGGUGACCAUUAUUCACAGAAUUUUGUUAAUCCAUUAUAUUGUGUUAGUUUGAUGUGAUCUUUGUUUUUCCUCAUUUACAAAGUCAAUA